AUGGCGUAUCUGUACGAGUGUCCUUUGCGGCUGGAGAAGGGCUUCAUCCUGGACGGGGUGGCCCUGAGCAGCAUGGCCAGCGCCUACGAGCACCUGCGGCCCAAGCUGUGGUCGGCGAUCCCACCCUACAACGCGCAGCAGGACUUCCAUGCCCGCGGCUACUUCCGCAGCCGAGUGAUCCCGCCCGUGCUACGCAAGACGCGCCAGGACCAUGGAGGGACAGGCAGGGACGGCUGGAUUGUGGAUUAUUACCACAUCUUCGGGCAAGAGCAGAGAUACCUCAACAGGAGGAACUGGGCAGGCGCAGGGCACUCUCUCCAGCAGGUGACCGGCCAUGACUCCUACAAUACCAACCUGAAAAAGGUCUAUGGGCUCAACGGGCCCUUUGGCUACCGUCGCAAUACACCUGCUCUCCGCCGGCACCCUUCCGAGUUUGGCGAGGUCACCCCAUUCCCUCUGUACUAG